UAUAAUAUAUAUAGUAAAUGUACAACAAUAAUCACAAUACGUGUCCGCCGGGGACUAGUUAAUAAAUUUUUAAAACUUCAAAUGAAUUAAUAUUUAAACUUACCUUAAAUAAAAAAUGUUGUUCGAUAAAAUAUUUAUUAUUUUAGCUCUAGUUUUAAUAAAUAAUUCUUUAGCUUCAGAACCUCCGCUUGCUGUUUUUACAGAUGAAGAAUUAAUCCAACAUAUUACUACUGAUCCUGUGAUUGCGCUUUUUACUAAAGAUGACUGUAAAGAAUGCAAAAAUUGGGAAGAAGAAUUAAUUGGACUACGUGAUGAAUUAGUAGAUUCACUUUCAGCUUGGGUUGUAAAGGUUCCUAAUAGUUAUUUAAGAAAAUUGUACACUCCAAACGAGGAACCUGCAUUAGUUUUCUUCAGAAACAGUGUUCCCCUUCUCUACAAUGGUCCUCUGGAUGACAAGGAAAUUUUUGAAACCUUCUUUGACAAUAGAGAGCCGAUUGUCAGAGAACUUACGGAUGAAACCUUUGAACACUUGACACAGGUCAGUACUGGAGCUACUACUGGGGAUUGGUUUGUUAUGUUUUACAGUGACAAUUGCGUAGAAUGUCAGCGCCUUGGGGCAAGAUGGGAAGCAGUAGGCGCUAAAAUAAAACGCAGGAUAAAUACAGCAAGGGUUAAUAAACAUACCUCUGGAGCAGCUACUGCAAGGAGAUUCAGCGUUUACGAUGUCCCCGAAUUAAUUCUUUUCAGGAGAGGAAAAAUGUACAGGUAUCAAAUUCCUAAGUAUGAUGUUAAUGCCAUGGUGUCGUUCGCUGAAACUUGGUACAAGAACACUCAAGCAGAAAAUGUUCCAGUUCCUCAAAGUCCAUUUGACGACUUAACCCUAAUGAUCGCCAACACACUGAGAGAAAAUCCUUGGAUUAUGAAACUAGGAAGCAUGAUAAUUUGCAUUUUAGUUAUUGUCUCAGUAGUUUCAAAACUUCGAAACAAAACUGAAACACCAACAACUAAGAAGAAAGAUAAAUAAAUGAAUUAAUAAUUGAUAAUUUAUUUAUUAAUUUAUUAAAUUAUUAAAUUAAUAAUCAAGCAAUGUGAUUUUCCUAUCUUCCAUUUACAAUUAUAAGAAAAUUUCGAUUGUAAAAAUAAAAAUUUUUAAUUUUUAUUAUA